CUAGGGUUAGAGGCAGCCGGUGAGGCUAGAACCUUGAGCGUGGUCGGUUGGAGCAAAUAUGUCUGUCCGGAGGCACAUUGGGAAUCCUGAGCCCAGGCCUCUCCUGAUCUCCAGACCCAAAUAGCCAGCGCACCGCUUCCAUUUUGGAUAACCCACAGCCAGCUCAAAUUCAGCCUGCUCCACACCCUCCUGGGACACAUCCUGUUUUUCCAUGUAUGCUUCCUCUUAUCUGACCAAAAGGAUACCACAAAACCCAAAAUAUCAGCAUAUCAAGUCAAGACUGGACACUGGUAACAGUAUGACUAAAUACAUUGAGAAGCUAGAAGAGAUCAAAAGAAAUUAUAGAUACAAAAAAGAUGAACUUUUCAAGAGACUCAAAGUUACGACGUUUGCCCAGCUGGUCAUCCAAGUUGCUUCUUUAUCUGAUCAAACACUGGAAGUGACAGCGGAGGAGAUUCAAAGGCUGGAAGACAACGAUUCUGCGACUUCAGACCCUGAUGCUGAAAUCACUGCCAGGACCAAUGGGAAGGGGAGCCCCGGCGAGCAGUCGCCAAGCCCCGUCCAGUUCAUAAAUUGCGUGGGAGCAGGGGACUCCAGCCGCUCGACGCUCCAGAGCGUCAUCAGUGGUGUUGGGGAACUGGAUCUAGACAAAGGGCUAGUGAAGAAAGCAGAGCCCAGCACCAAAGACAAACCUUAUCCUGACUGCCCCUUCCUGCUGCUAGAUGUGCGCGAUAGAGAUUCUUACCAGCAGUGCCACAUUGUUGGAGCUUACAGUUACCCAAUUGCAACUCUGUCUAGAACAAUGAACCCUUAUUCAAAUGAUAUUCUUGAAUAUAAAAAUGCCCACGGCAAGAUCAUCAUUCUUUACGAUGACGAUGAGAGGCUUGCCAGCCAGGCGGCCACCACCAUGUGCGAGCGAGGAUUUGAAAACCUCUUCAUGCUUUCCGGAGGUCUGAAAGUCUUAGCUCAGAAAUUUCCAGAAGGACUGAUUACGGGUUCCCUGCCAGCAUCUUGCCAACAAGCCCUUCCUCCUGGUUCUGCCCGGAAACGAUCCAGCCCUAAAAUGCCACCCCCACCAGCUGAGAAUAAGUGGAGAUUUACCCCAGAAGACCUAAAAAAGAUAGAGUAUUACCUGGAAGAGGAUCAGGGUCCUGCAGACAAUCCCAGCCGGCUGAGUCAAGCUAACACCUCCGGAAGAGACUCCAAGGUUCCCAGCGCCCGCAGCAGUCAGAGCCUGCCUGCUGGGGGCCCCGCCGGCCACCCGAACCCCCGCAGCCACCUGCAAGGCAAACCCUGGAAGUAAAGACUUUGUCUGUCUUAGUCAAAUAAAUAUUUUCUCUCCUUUCGGAACCCCUGAGCAGUUCCCCAGUUGGUCAUUUCCAGGAACUGCUGCAGAGGAAAGACCCGUGACAUAUGUGACAAGCCCUGUUCCCUCUCCUGUCCCCAGCCCCUCUCUGUGUCCAACUCGGGAAGGGCCUGUACACAAACCAGAGGCAGGACAGGCUCUAGUGUCCUCCCUAUUACAUUUACAAAAUGUUUGUCUCUGAAACUGAGUAGGAAGAAAAAGUCUCAUUUUGGGGGGCUUUAAUGUUUUUUAAUAAGGUCCACCUUGUUUUGGUCUGUAGCCCGUGUUGUUUUGUAAAUACUUCAGUCACAUCUGGUGUGUUCUUCCCAACCAGUUCUUUUUCACUCACAUUCUUGGUUUUAUGAAGGUUCCCCAGGUAGGCUUUGCCGCCUGAGAAGCCAGGCCUGGGGGUGCAGGUGAUUCCAAUUUUCACCCUCCCCAGCGGCCCCCUGGUGUGGGCCCACCGGCUGACGCGCUCUUCCCAGCACACGAUACCGGUCUGUCAGAGUUUGGAGGCUGGCAAGACUCAGUAGAUCAGCUCUCAGACUUCCUGAACAUUCCUCC